AUGGAGGCCCUGCAGAGGCAGCAGGCAGCCCGACUGGCCCAAGGGGUGGGGCCAUUGGUCCCUCCCCGCCCACCACCACCAAGGCCUCUCUUGCCUGGCCCCCGGAUUCUGCAGGCCCCUGAGGGGGCUUUGGGGGAGGUUGUGGCUGAGGAAGAAGAGGAUGCUGAAGAAGAUGAGGAGGAGGAGGAAGCUGGGGCAGAGGAGGGGGUAGCCAAGGAGAGCUGUCCAGGGACCCGGAGCCCCAGCUCUCCUUCCAGCCAGCCCCCUGGACCUCAUCCCCAUGAGUGGACUUACGAGGAACAGUUCAAGCAGCUGUACGAGCUCGAUGCAGACCCCAAGAGGAAGGAAUUUCUGGAUGACCUGUUUAGCUUCAUGCAGAAGAGGGGGACUCCAGUGAACCGUGUGCCCAUCAUGGCGAAGCAGGUACUGGACCUGUACGCGCUGUUUCGCCUGGUGACGGCCAAAGGCGGUCUGGUGGAAGUCAUCAACCGCAAGGUGUGGCGGGAGGUCACGCGCGGCCUCAGCCUGCCCACCACCAUCACAUCGGCCGCCUUCACUCUACGCACCCAGUACAUGAAGUACCUGUACCCAUACGAGUGCGAGACGCGGGCGCUCAGCUCCCCUGGGGAGCUCCAGGCUGCCAUCGACAGCAACCGGCGCGAAGGCCGUCGUCAAACUUACACCGCCUCCCCGCUUUUCGGCUUGGCGGGGCCGCCCCCUCGGGGCACUCCAGGUCCAGCCGCGGGUCAUGGCCCCGCCCCGCCCGCGCCCAUGCCCGGCCCUCGUCCCGCCCAGGGCUCCGCCUCCGGCUUGCCAGCUCACGCCUGCGCACAGCUGAGCCCGAACCCCAUUAAGAAAGAGGAGACUGGAAUUCCAACCCCUCGACUGGCACUGCCUGUGGGUCUGGCCUUGGGACCUGCACGGGAGAAGUUGGCACCAGAGGAGCCUCCAGAGAAGAGGGCUGUGCUGAUGGGGCCCAUGGACCCAUCUCGACCUGAUGCACCCCCUGGUUUCCUGCCUCGUGACAAGGUUCCCCUAAGGGAAGAGCCGCUGGAUGGGCCUCUCAAUCUGGCAGGCAGUGGUAUCAGCAGUAUCAACAUGGCUCUAGAGAUCAACGGGGUAGUUUACACUGGCAUCCUCUUUGCCCGCCGCCAGCCUGUGCCAGCUUCCCAGGGCCCAACCAACCCUGCACCUCCACCUCCUACAGGGCCCCCUUCCAGGGCCUCACCCUGAGAGCUCCUACUCUUGGAAUUAAGAGUCCCAGCCCCUUCGCUGGGUGGGGGGAGACCCCCCCACACCUUGAUUCUUACAGGGUGCCUACUCUAGGACCCAGCCCUGGGAGGUGACCACUCCCUGCUAUGCCAUGUGGACUUGAAGCCAAAGAGUUUUGUUUUGAUGUUACAUCUACCUCAUUGUAAUGGGAGGGAACCUCCUUCCAGGACAUCUCCAGCAGCAUCUACCAAAGAGUUCUGCCCUCAGUAACCCCCAUCAUCUCCUCAUGUGCCCCUGUCAAUGCCAUUUCUAGGACUCUACCUCUUUGAGUCAGACCUGCUUCUUCUUUUCAGGAACCAGGUGAAGGGUUGGGUUGGGGUGUUGUGAAGAAAAUGUCCCUCAGGUCACACCUGGAAAAUAAAGCUGCAGUCCCUCCCUCCCUAGUGCCUCUUCUUCUUCUUGUUUGGGUCUGGGGCUUGGGGAGGAAUUGUAUGGUAUACACAGGCUGCAUUGGGCCAAGAGUUAUCAGAAAGGAAGACACACUAGCAAAGGUCCGUAAGAGUAGAUAGAGCUCGGUCUCAUGA